AUGGCAAUGUGUAUUAUUGAUUAUUUGUGUGAGUGGGGUUUGCAAAAGAUUUUCACUGUCAUAAUUGACAAUGCUAGUUCAAAUGAUGUGACCGUGGAGUUGUCUGACAAAUUAGAUGAUUGGGGAACCAAUUCCAUGAAUGGUCAACACCUUCACAUGAGAUGCAUGUCUCAUAUUUUAAAUCCUAUUGUGAAAGAUGGUUUAAAAGAGUCAAGUAUUUCCAUUGCUCGUGUUAGAUGUGCAGUCAGAUACAUUAGGCAGUCUCCUGCUAGGUUGAGGAGGUUUCUGGAAUGUUGUGAAAGUGAAAAUAUUGCCAAGAAGUCUUUAUGCUUAGAUGUUCCAACAAGGUGGAAUUCCACCUACUUGAUGUUGAGCAGGGCUAUUGAAUAUGAGCGUGCAAUUAAAGAAUAUUCUGAUCGUGAUUACCGGCUUGUCACAUUAUCUUAUGUGUCUGGAUCACUUUAUGUAACAUCAAAUGCCCAUUUUCUUGAAAUUGGUCAUGUUGCUGUUUACUUAAAUCGAUUAAUAACAACUGAAGAUGAACUUUUCAGUGAGAUGGCAUUAAGUAUGUGA